GGCUACUUGACUUGCGGCCACUACGCGCAUGACUUAUGUAACAAACAAGGUCCAGGAGCUACUCUACUAACCAUACACUCACAACAGGAACAGGACUUUCUAUCAGACCUAUUAUUCACGAAACAUAAAACAGUGGACAACGUGUGGGUUGGGCCUAUGGUAAGCAAUAAGAAAGUGACCUGGGUAGAUGGGUCCAAGGAUGACUACACUAAUUGGGAAACAGGAGCACCUUCAAAUGCCACAAAUGAUUGCGUGGAAAUAGAGUUGUCAACUCCAAAUGUU